AUGGCCCCCAUCGCCAAAUCUAUCGCCCUGGCGGGUGCCCUCUGCGCCGCUCUGUCCUCCGCUGCCCCCGUCAAGCGUGAGAACAUCGUCGUCUGGGAGACCUCCACCACCGUCGAGUGGACCACCGUGGAUAUCACCACCACCGUCUACCCCCCCGCGGCCCCCACCGUCCACACCUCCAUCGUCAACCUGACGCCGGCCGUGCCGACCUCUCAGCCCCAGCCGGAGCCCACCGAGGAGCCUGAGGACCCGCCCAAGACCACCCAGACCCCUCCGCCCCCUCCCAAGCCCACCACCACUACCACCACUGCGCCUCCUCCGCCUCCCAAGACCACCGAGGCCCCUCCGCCUCCCAAGACUACGGAGGCUCCUCCGCCGCCGCCCACGACCACUCAGGCUCCUCCCCCUCCCCCUCAGACUACCCGGGCCCCUCCCCCGCCCGCGCCUACCUCCGGCGGUGGCCACACCGGCUCCUGCUCCAAGGACACCCCGUGCAAGGGCCAGGUCACCUACUACGACACCGCCACUGACCCCUCCGCCCCCAGCAGCUGUGGCUGGACCAACGACGGUGAGAGCGAGGCCGUGCUGGCCCUGCCCGUUGGCCUCAUGAAGGACUCCGACUGCGGCCGCAUGGUCACCGUCAAGUACGGCGGCGUCACCAAGCAGGGCAAGGUCGUCGACAAGUGCAUGGGUUGCGACAGCUCCUCCAUCGAUCUCUCUAAGCACUUCUUCGGCGAACUCGCCGAGAUGCUUGAGGGCCGUCUGCACGAUGUGGAGUGGUUCAUGGAAUAA